GUUUGGCCAUGGUUCAGCUGAGUUGGAGAAUAGUCUGUAUGUUGUUGGAGGUCAUACAGCCAUAGCCGGAGUUUUUCCUGCCUCACCAUCUGUUUCCCUAAAACAGGUGGAGCGGUAUAACCCUCUCAGUAAUAAAUGGACUAUGAUGGCUCCUUUAAGAGAUGGAGUCAGUAAUGCAGCCGUGGUCAGUGCCAAACUCAAACUGUUUGUUUUUGGAGGGACCACCAUACACAGAGACAAGGCUUCCAAGGUCCAAUGCUACGACCCUCUGGGAAACCGUUGGAAUAUUGCGGCUGAAUGCCCACAGCCAUGGCGCUACACAGCGGCUGCUGUCUUAGGGAGCCAGAUCUUCAUCAUGGGUGGCGACACUGAAUUUACAGCUGCCUCUGCUUAUCGCUUUGACUGUGAAACCAAUCAGUGGACUCGGGUUGGCGACAUGACGUCUAAACGGAUGAGCUGCCAUGCUGUGGCCUCAGGAAAUAAGUUGUAUGUGGUUGGAGGUUAUUUUGGGACGCAGCGGUGUAAAACAUUGGAUUGUUACGACCCCACAUCAGAUAGUUGGAACUCCAUCACCACUGUGCCUUAUUCACUGAUCCCCACCGCCUUUGUCAGCACUUGGAAACACUUACCUGCCUAACAGGGAGACACCAGGAGGCAGCCAUUCCAGGUACAUUCUAAGUGACACUAAGUGAUCAGUGGGUAUUUGCACAUACGUAUGGCCAGCUCUCAGACUGAACCCAAUGCGAAUUUUCUUGCAUUACAGUACCCUCCAGAGUUAUUGCCACGCUUUGGUUGAAAUGAGCAAAAUUACAUUAGAAAAUAUGUGUUUUUUUUAUCCUCAUGAUCUUUCAUUCAAAAUAUUCUAUAAUUCAAAAAAUGUUAAUUAUGUAAUUAAUUAAUUGAAGUAACAUAACUGAAAGAAACAUUAAAUUCUUAUCAUUUAACAAAUAUUUUUCUCAAAAAUAUGUGUGCCGCAAUUAAACCAUCCUCCCUUUGCUAAGAUAACAGCUUUAAGUCCUGUCCUAUAAUGCAUGAUUAAAAUACUCGAAGACGAAAAACCCGUACAGAAUCUCUUUCCAGAGCCUUCAGAUUCCAAGGUCAAUGCUUGUGGACUCUUCUCUUAUUCUGCGGUCCUUGGAACAAAAAUAGCCUCACAAGGGAUAGAUCUACCAUGAUACUUCACAGUGGGUAUGUGUGGCUUUUCUGUACAAUCUUAAUUAAAGCUGCAAGCAACGAUGCCAUAGCAGUCCAAGCAAGUCAGGGCGUGCUGCAGUAGUAUCAUCUGUCAGCAUAUUAUUCAGCGCCGCAUCGCCCCACGCCGUAUCACCCCACCCCCAUACCCUUAUCGUUGAAAGCCGAGGGAGACCACUCUGUCGUCACGCAUUUCAGACACCAUGCAAAAGACUUAAGCAUUCAAAACUUAACGUAAAUCAG